GUUAUCUAAUAUGUUUAUUUUUAAAUGGUCAAUGUUAAACAAAUUAAAAUGAAUGGUAAUUUGAAAAAGAAAGUAACUUUGUUUUGUAACAAAAUAUCUCUAGAAAGACCCCUACUACCUCUAUGACACUAUAUAAUCAACAACAUUUCAGUAUUCCUAAAUAUUAACUACACUAAUUAAAAUCCCAUUUUUAAUUCAUUAAUCUUCUUGCAUAAUUCAUCAAUGGCUGCCAGUGGAACACUUGAUGUAGAGGUUGAGAUCAAGUCUUCUCCAGAUAAAUUCUGGAAUACCAUUAGAGACUCUACCACUACAUUCCCUAAAUUAUUGCCUGAUCGGUACCAGACCAUUGAGGUACUCGAAGGCGACGGCAAGGCUGCUGGCUCAGUCCGUCUCUUCACUUACGGUGAAGGUUCUCCACUUGUGAAGAUAUCAAAAGAGCGGAUUGAUGUUAUGGAUGAAGCAGAAAAGAAGGUAUCUUACAGUGUGAUCGAAGGCGAUCUCCUAAAACACUAUAAGGUUUUUAAGGGUCAUAUAAUUGUUCUUCCAAAGGAAAAUGGGAGCUUAGUAAAAUGGAGCUGCGAGUAUGAGAAAGCAAGCGAUGAUAUUGAAGUUCCGAAUAUUCUUAUGGAUUUUGCUGUCAAACAUUUCAAGGAUAUUGAUGAACUUAUUUAGGAUCAAAAGGUAUAAAUUGAGCAAAAUUCUCUUCUAAAUCCGGGUUUAUGGUAGACCAAUUUCAUACGAGUGAACUUCACAAUUUGAAUUCAAGUAUAAUAUAGUUUACGAGAUGAAGAACCAGUUUUAGAUGGGAAAUUUCUAUAUUGCUAGUAAAAUAAUGGUGU